AUGAGUACGGAAGAGACUCUGUUGAAUCUCGACUUCGACAAACCGACCACAGUUAUUACGCCUCCCGAUGACGGCGUGGUUUCUCUCUCAAGUAGUGCUGAAGACAUUUGCUUAGUCCCUGAAAUUGAAUUCGAGGGCACCGUGGAUUCUCCGGGCGUGAACCGGGAGUCGCAGCCGCUUCUGGGCGGCCGUGGCGACUUGGAAGUAUCUUUCAAUCAUUUUCCAGAUGACCCUCAAUUUAGCGAGUUGGUGUGGCAGGCUGAGGUAGCUAUCGACAAUGGAAUAUUUCCCGAGAGGAUAUACCAGGGGUCCAGUGGAUCAUAUUUCGUCAAAAAUCCAGGAGGGAAAAUUAUCGGCGUGUUCAAACCAAAAGACGAAGAACCAUACGGCAGACUGAACCCGAAGUGGACCAAAUGGAUGCACAAGCUAUGCUGUCCCUGCUGCUUUGGCAGGUCGUGUCUCAUCCCCAACCAGGGGUACCUGUCAGAGGCCGGCGCCAGUCUUGUCGACUCGAAGAUCGGUCUCAAGAUAGUUCCCAAGACGAGGGUGGUAAAGCUAGUAUCGGAGACGUUUAAUUAUUUACGGAUAGACCGUGAAAGGUCGAGACUGAAGCGGGCAAUCACAGAACAGUUUCCGAACCUUCGGUUCAAUAGAAUGGGAUUGCCUCCCAAGGUAGGAUCAUAUCAAUUAUUUGUGGAAGGGUAUAAGGACGCCGACUACUGGCUCAGGAGGUUUGAACAGGAUCCACCUCCUGAACAUGUUAUGAAGAAAUUUCAGUUACAAUUCGAGCGUCUGGUUGUGCUGGACUACAUAAUUCGCAACACGGACCGCGGUAACGACAACUGGCUAAUCAAGUACUCGGCGCCGUCGAACCGGGCGGACCAAGAUAUGACUGAGCCUUCCGAAUGGAACGGCGGCAUAGAAGUGCGAAUAGCUGCCAUAGACAACGGGUUAGCGUUUCCGUUCAAGCACCCAGACUCGUGGCGGGCGUAUCCCUACCACUGGGCGUGGCUGCCGCAAGCGAAGCGGCCGUUCAGUGCCGAGACUAAAGAACUCGUACUGCCGCUUCUCUCCGACAUGAACUUUGUCCAAGAGCUCUGUGAUGAGCUGCACCAACUUUUCAAGCAAGACAAAGGUUUCGACAAGCGCCUCUUCGAGCGGCAGAUGUCUGUCAUGAGAGGUCAAGUGUUGAACUUAACGCAAGCUCUUAAAGACAACAAGAGUCCGGUGCAGCUCGUGCAGAUGCCUGCUGUCAUCGUCGAAAGAUCAAAAAGCGGAACAACGUCAUCGCGCUUCUUCGACUCUUUCCAGCAACGCUUCCAGCAAAAGUCACCAUUCUUCUCCUGGUGGUGA